AAACCAAUGAUCCGACGAUUCGACUUUGCAUCUGUACAAGGUAAUAUACACUGCUCUCUACGUCGGCCUGAAAGACUUUACUGAUAUGCCUCUCAGAUCUUCAUGUGUUCGAACGAGCUGUGACGGGCUACCAGGUGCUUUUUGACAGGUAUGCAUAAGUCGGAUUUGUUGAAGGAGGCCAUACUAAUACUGGGAAUGUAGUGUGGCUACCUCGUUCGCCAUCUCACGACGUCGGAUGGUUGUCCCGAUCACUAAGAAGUGGGAAUCCAGCCUGGCUCGAAUCCAAGUGAUCAAGCGCGACAGAAUUGUGCAACUGGUAGUCUUCUUCAGUGACUUCCAUCAUGGAAAGUGCAUGAACUUCGUUCUCAAAGGCACCGACACCCUGGAGAGCUUCGGGAAAGCUGGCAAGUUUGGGGUUCGGAUUGUGGAUGCCAAAUUUGCUCUGCCGAAGACUGAAGAUGACCCGGCAUCGGACUUCGUAUCUCUGGACUCUCCGGAUUACCCAAUGGAGCACGACGACAUUUCAAUUGCCUUUGACUCUGAAGCAGGUAUGCCGAGUGAUCCCUUGCUAUUGCAUAUGUCUGGCGUUAAUACUGAUACCCUAUAGAUCGGACGAAUUUCCAUGCGGCUGUGCCCGGAUCAGUCCGUGAGCCGUCGAGGAUGAGCUCUCUGCGUCGUUAGGCUUAAGCUGAGUCCGACUGUCACUGUUUUGCAGUAUCCA